AUGAUGCUUUCUGGGUUGAGUAGGGAAAGAGAGAUGUCAGCGAUGGUGACUGCUUUGACGCACGUAGUGGCUGGAAAUGUGCCCACAGAUGAUUCGGAUUCUCUAACGGGAGUAUCAAAUAAUCAAGGUGAUUGUAUUCAUGGUGGUUUGUCAGUGAAGAGAGAAAGGGAAGAAGAAGGUGGUGGGAGUGGGAGGCUCUGUAGACCAUUUCGUAAUGACUUCUUACAUGGUGGUUCAUCUUCUGCUGGAAGAGCUACAGGAAAUUCUAUCAUCACCACAGGCACUGCAACACCCGCAGCCACUGAGAUGGCGUUUACUCACGUAUAUGAAUACAAUGAAGCCUGCAGAGAAGAGCCAAGGAGAAAAUACAGGGGAGUAAGGCAAAGGCCAUGGGGCAAGUGGGCUGCUGAAAUAAGAGAUCCAUUCAAAGCAGCUAGGGUUUGGUUAGGUACUUUCGACACAGCUGAGGCUGCAGCAAGAGCCUAUGAUGAAGCUGCUCUCAGAUUCAGAGGCAACAAGGCCAAGCUCAACUUCCCAGAAAACGUCAAGCUUCGACCAUCUCCUCCUUCCAAUCCAACGGCAAACCAGUUGACUAUAUCUGCUUCUCCAAGUACAGGCUUUCGGUCCCUUCCUACAUCCACUGCGCCCAUAGUUCACUCCCAAGCUCUCCACCAUACGCAGAACCGUGAGAUUUCAAGAGAGCAGGUGACCCAACCUCAAUUGAUCUUGGGUGUUGGUGGUUAUCAAAGGCAACCUAUGAAUCUAUACGACCAAAUGUUUUUGUCAUCUUCAUUUGUUUCUUCUAGUUCUUCAUCUUCUUCAACACAAUCUCCCGAUCCUAUGUUUUUCCCGGCCCAGCAACAAGGUGAGUUUAGGCCUGCCACCGAUGGUCCGAGUGGUGGAGCAGAUUUUCAGUUGCCGGUGUGGUCAGAUUAUAGCCACUAUACUUCCUCUUCUGGAUAA